GUUUUAGGUUGAAGGUUUAGACCGCUAAUUAAACUGGCUCCCGGGUCCCCAAGCAAGUACUGUAUAUAGUCUAUAUAGAUAUAUCUAGGUACUGAAUUCCACUUCAAAUGCAGCUCAACUCUUCAUACAUGACUAACUAACCCAAGACCUGCCUCGUAUUUUAUCAGAUGUGUACACACAGCAGCAUACCCACACAAGUCUUCAUUGAAAUGGAUGAAUCAAGUUGCGACCUCUUCGAUAUUGUUCAGAACAAUCAUUUAGAUCAGCUAAAACAGUUUUCUGGAAACAGACUUUUGUUACAACGAAAUAGAGAGGGAAUGUCUCUUCUUCAUGCUGCAGUAAUAAGCAAUAAUCUUGAAGCACUUCAAUUUUUACUCGAUGAAAACAUAAUUCCAAUCAACACACAAGAUAAAAACAAAGAAACAAGUCUCCACUUAUCUGUAAAAAGUGGCAGCACUGGUACCAUGACAAUGCUAUUGAAGAAAGGAGCCGAUAACAUGAUAAAGAAUAGUGAUAACAACACACCUCUCCAUUUGCUACUUCAGAGCGAUAGUGAAAGUGUUGAGCAGCUGUCCGAAUUCUUGAAGCAUCCGGUUGACAUUUCGGUAAAUGGUGCGAACGGUUCUUCAAUAUUCCAUGCUAUAGUAGAGAAUGACAACAUUGAAGCACUCAGGCUAAUUGCUCGAUUGCAAGUAUUGGAUACUGCCAAGUACUUCUACAAUAACACAUUUUGCUUGCAAAAUGAUUUUGGAAUGUCUGCAAUCCACUAUGCUUCGUUGAGAGGUGCUCAUAAGGUGCUAGAUUUCAUGUUGUCAAAAGCUAGGGAGUCCUCUGAUUCUCACCUUAAAAAAGUCCUCUGCCAUCUAGAUAAGAGACUCAAUACACCCCUCCAUAUUGCAGUAGAGCACGGUCACAAAGGUACAGUUGAUAUUCUUCUUAAGUAUAAAGCCUCACCUACAGCUAUCGAAGGAAACAAAUUGCCACCGAUUCACCUAGCUUGUGUGCAAAACAAGAUGGAUAUCGCUAUGGCUAUGGUCGAGUCGUUUGGGGUGGAAGUUCUUCUCGGUCUAGAUUCCACUGGGGCCACCCCACUUCAUUGUUGCUCAAAGAGUGUUUCAGAGGAACUGUUUUGUUUUGUUGUCAACAAUGGAUCAAAUCUAAAUGCACAGGACAACAAUGGUAACACACCCUUGCAUGUUUCUGUUGUUCACGGAAAUGCUGGAAAAGUAGAAUUUCUUUUAGCCAAAGGAUCUGAUCCAACUAUUCAAAACAAGAGCGGCUUCAAUCCUUUUCAUUUGAGCAUAUUAUCCCGCCGAAGGGAGGCAUUUAAAGCCCUUGCAAAGUCACAACAUGCCAAACGUCUGAGCCUACUACCUGAUAGUCAAGGCUAUUGGCCUGUUCAUUUAGCCCUGAAGCACAAAUUCAGUCAAUCUAUCCCCACUCUCGUGUCAUUAGCAAUGGACUCUGAUUCAAAUUUUGAUGAUUUGAAUAUCUUGGCCUACAAAGACAAAGAUGGCAACAGUUUCCUCCACACUUCUGCAGAAUCUAUGGAUGUGAGUAGCUUAAAGUAUCUAUUGUCUCUCCGUUGCUCUAGGUACUUGCUCAAUUGCUUAAACUCAGAGGGACUCCUUCCUCUUCAUUUGGCUGCUAGAAGUGGCUUUGUUGCUUCUGUUCGAGAACUGGUAGACCAUGGUGCAGUAGAACAAAUAUCGUACAACGGAGACACUCCAUUCAUGCUAGCUUGUCGUCAUGGCCACCUUGAAACAGCGAAAUUACUCAUUGAAGUUUCCCUAAUCAAUAAAAACGAAGUGAAUAACGGUGGAAAUUCUGCCCUUCACUUGGCUGCAAGAAGUAAGAACGUUGAUGUGAUUCUCAUGUGCCUUGACCUUGGUAUAGAAAUUACCUUAAACAAUUCAAGAGAGAGCUUUCUUGAUAUCAUCCUGAGGGAUGCGGUAGCAGAGACAGCCAUUGCUAUAUUAAAGCACAAGCGUUAUGAAGAAUGCAUCAACAUGUACUCCCCUGACUUGUCCCAUCCUAUACUGAGAAUUAUUGAAACUAUCCCCAAAGCUUUUCAGGCACUACUGGAUCAAUGUAUGUUAUGCUCACCACUACAGCCGGAACACCCUGACUACUGGGAAGAGUAUAACUUUAAAUAUCUCACACUUGAUAGUGGAGCACCAUCUCUAUCACCUCAACGAGAUGAAAGACCAACAGAGAAAAGAGGAAGCUUUCUAACAAGCAGUUGCUCUACGAAUGAAGCUGAACAACCACUCACAGUUCAAAUGAAGAAAGAAAGCCAGUACGCAGUGCUCAACCAUCUAAUCAAGUACAGACACAGAACCUACCUUGUACAUCCACUCGUCAACACCUUCCUCAAUUUAAAGUGGCGGCGUUAUGCUUUGCCCUUUCAUGUUUUUCGAUUCAUGUUGUUCCUAUUAUUGACGAUUGUCCUCUCAAUCUUCAUUCUGGUAACUCCCCUGACUGCCCAAUCAGUUGAAACAACAGCCAAUACCACUGCCAACUAUUCUGGAGAAGUUAGUUAUGGUUUUAAUAAUUCAUCCAUCGUAUUUCGAUUUUUGACGCUGGUCUUGUGUGGUGUAAACUUUCUAGUAUGGUUGCUCGAUGUGUAUGUGAAAGGUCUCGCUUGCGUCAAGUACCUUCUUGCAGAGAGUAGUGUAUGGAUGUAUGGGAUUACUCUGUUCUUCACUUUCAUUUUUACCAUACCUUGGCGUGGCUUAGACAUUCUGUAUUGGGAGUUUGGAGCCAUGGCUGUAUUUUUUGGCUGGUUUACAGUCGCUGUUUUGCUUCAGACGUUUGAAGUAGUGGGUAUAUUUAUCACAAUGAUGUUUAAAGUGACCAGAAAUGUUGUGGGUGUGCUUCUUAUUACAAUUGUCAUGAUAUUUGCUUUUGCAUUCCCACUGUACAUUCUGGUAGGAACAGUACCAGAGUUGACAUUCACUACAAUUGGUAUGUCUUUGUUCUCGAUACUGGCUUCACUAAACGCUGAAAUUGAUUACAACACGUUUGUGAGACUGGAACUUAUGCGACAGUUUCCCUACACUGUACUCACAAUCAUAGUUGUGUGUGUGCUGACUAUCAUAAUGCCUAUAGUGGUGACCAACCUACUUAUUGGUUUGGCUGUUGGUGACAUUGCUAGCAUUCAGAAAGAAGCGAUUCUCUCACAGCGUAGUGUUGAGGUUCGAGCUCUUACUGCAAUAGACAAACUGAUCCCGAAAUUGUACUUCAAAAAAUUCUUGCAGCAACAAACGUACAAACUUUACCCUAACAAAAAUAUUUGGCUGAAAUUCAAGAGAAUCAUACACAAUCUGUGGAGUGAAGUAGAUGAACUUGAGGAUAAGAACGCCGUAGCAACGACUAGCCAAGAUAGCGAGCAAUUUAAAGAUAAUCGCACGAAAAUUUGGAAGUUGGAAAGCACUCUUUCCAAGAUAGUUGUUGAACAAUCUCAACAAAAAGAAACACUCCAGAGGAUGGAAGAAAUGCUUAGAACUUUGAUUAGUCAGAAGGAAAAUGAAAUAAAAUAAUUAUUAUGUGUUUUUAUACUGCAUGCAGUGAACAAUAAUAAUUAUGGUGAUUGUUAGUUUUAGUUAAUUUUCAUAAUUAACAUUAUCAGCUGACUAAUUAUUAAUUCUAAAAACUCAA